ACUCGCCGCGCGCGACUCGUCAGUCAGUGUGUCGGCUAACGGCGGUACGGGAACACACCACUCACCACGCCGACGCUGGAGCGAAAAAUCGUGUUCGUCCGUCGGCUUGUCGCUCCCGUCCGUCCCUCCCGUUUGUCGAUCGUCGCCGUCUGUACGUUCGUCCACACGGCUAGACAGGUCGCACGCUCGUCCGCCCGCGGUCAUUUCCAACACCCAAACACCCCGAACGAGCGACGCGCUUUUCGGCCUCACCGAGAACCGGCCACCGGCGGCCACGGCGGGUGGUGUCGACGGCCGCCGGGCCGGUUGUCGUCGUAAAAGUGGAGGCGGCCGCUGCGGUGGUGGUGGUGGUGCCGGCGUCGGUGUUGAGGCGGGCGAAUCGCGCGUGACGCGGCGCCCCCCGGCCGGCUGCAGGGCGGCGCACCAUGCGACGCGAUGCGGUCCGCCAGCUCCGAACUGUUGCUGGACACCAAGCAGCAGCAGCUCCGCAAGAAGAAGCUGCUGGAAUUAGCGGCGGCCAAGAAGCAGAAGCGCGGCGCGCCCCGGACCCUCCGCGAGAAGGUGUGGUUCUACUCCACGCUGUCGUUCGCCAUGAUCGCCGUCGGAUCAGGCUCGGCGCUGCUGUUCCUGGUGCCACUGUACGUGGACCCGGCCGUGUCAACGCUGCUGGCCGACUUCGUGCCGGAACCGGUGCAGUGCACCACAGUGCGCCGCGAACAGCUGGCCGGCCUAUACAACUGCACGUGGAGCUCAUGUCGGGAGGGCUGCACCAGCGACGUAUACAACUGCAGUCACAUUUACGUGGCGUACAGGACGUCCGCCGGUGGAGUCAGUGGCGCCGGUGGCGGUGGCGGCGUACAAGUGGCGUCCGGCCGUGGCGGCGGCGACGUGAUCGUGCCCGAGGCCGUGCUGCUGGUCAACAUCAAGGGCUGCGGUUAUCCGCCGGCCGUUGCCUGUUCCAAUUUCACCAAGGCCUACGGCGUGCCGGGCGCCACAUUCCCGUGCCACUAUUCCCGGCAGAACCACACGCUGGCCGUAGUCGGCUACGACAAGCGGCAGCAGUACGCCGACAUCGUCCACUAUUUUGCCGUCCCGUUCGCCGUGUGUGUGGUCACGUCCAUCGUGCUGUGCGUCAUGCACUGCGACUGUCAGCAAGCCGCGGCCGCAGCGGCUGGACAACAAGCACUGCCGGAACCGUCCAGGAGUUCCGCUGGACACUCGCACACCGAGGGCUACAGCGAUCACUCGAUAAGCACCCGGGUAGAACGGCUGGACGAAGCAAUAAUGGAAGCGUCCAGAGCACUGCAGGGCGAACCGAGCGGAUUAUGACAAUACUCGGAGACGAGCUGCUGAACACGUGUAAUUCGGCGCCAACUGCAUAAUAAUAUACAACGCGUAAUGAUUAUUAUAAUACAACAUAUAAUGUCAUAAUAUUGUAUACUUAUUAUUAUUAUUAUUAUUAUUAUUAUUUAUUACUAUUGAAAUUGUUGUUGUUGUUAUAAUAUUAUUGUCGUCCAGCGAUGAGGCUCUGUCACCAGAUGAGCAGACUUCCACGUGUCGACGAACACGUCAUGUCACGUACAAACUGCUCGAGUUACUUCAGUUCGGAUCGAGACACUGCAGUAGUCAUUAUUAUACAUUACAUAUUAUUAUAAUACACGUGUACACAUAUAUUUAUAAAAUAUUAUACUAUGUGUUUUAAAGUGUACGUUAGCAAAAAAUGUGUACAGUUAUAUUACGAGUUGUUAAGUUUUCAUUUUUUGAAACGCAGUAAAAUUAUAAAAUAUUAUACAAUAAGAAUUAUUGAGUAUUGAUUUAGAUUUAUAUGCAAAUGCAAUACUAUUAUUAUUAUAAUUUAUAAUUAUUUUUAUUAUUAUUAUAACUAUUAUAAUAUAAUAAUAACAUAAAAUUGUACAUGUGAACAAUACAUUUGAGCUUGCAUAUUUUGUACAAUAAUAUUAUUAAUAAUAUAUAUAUAUAUAUAUAUUAUAUAUUAUAUAUGUAUAUAUAUACAUAUAUAUAAUAUAUAACGCACAUUUUAACGAAUAAAAAGAAAGUAUAGAA